AUGAAGCGCAUGCUGUUGUUGUUUUUCUUUUGCUUGUUACUUCAUGCGGACCAAGAGGCAAUCGAUAAUGGAGGAUGGCAUACUGAGAAGAAUGACGUGGUUGGUCAAGAAGGGCCGUGCAAUCUAGAAAGACAUGAUGGCCAAGAUUUGACUCAGAAGGAAUUUUUGAAAAGAUACGCGUAUAGUGAGCCUGUAGUCAUCUAUAACAUUGAUAAUGAGGAAUUCCGCAAGCUCACAGCCAGAGGAAAAAUGCUUGAAGAUUGGAAAGACUCGCCUGUUACUUUGAAUUCUGCAAACACCUACAGUUACACCCGGAAGCCAACAACUUUUGGAGAUUAUAUCGAAAAUUGGCUUCACCCUCAGAACCGAGAUGCUCUGGGUAAUGAGACCAUGUAUCUAUUUGGAGAUAUCGAUCGAAAGCUGUGGGCACCUUUGUUAAGUGCUUACAAACUCCCACAAUGGUCACUUCCCGAACACUCUCCCGCACUCAGUUUUGGGAUUGCUGGCGCUGGAACAGGUGUACCAUUUCACUUCCACGGGCCAGUAUUUGCCGAGGUGAUUUAUGGGUCAAAAAAAUGGUUCUUAUACCCGUACGAAGAUAGACCGCAGUUUGAGCCAGAUCACACAACUCUGGAAUGGUAUUUGAAAGAAUAUCCUUCUCUUCCGCGAGAGAAACGUCCUCUUGAAUGUUUACUGAAGCCCGGGGAAAGCUCAAAGGUGAUGGCAUCGAGGAGGCGCGGUGUGGGUGUUGCUGCUGUUCAACGCAAGCAGGAAACGCAGGCAAAAUUCAAUGCUAAAGGAGAGCAGAUGGCCAGUGAACAGCUACAAAUGUUUUCGAAACAACUUGAGGAGUUCACUAUCAGGCUGGAACAGUUUGCUCAUCGUCAUCGCGAUGAGAUUCGAAAGAAUUCGCAAUUUCGUCGCCAUUUCCAAGAGAUGUGUGCUAGUGUAGGGGUAGAUCCCCUUGCUUCAGGAAAAGGCUUCUGGGCGGAAAAACUUGGUGUCGGAGAUUUCUAUUACGAACUUGCUGUUCAAAUUGUUGAGGUUUGUUUGUCCACUAGUCAUUACAACGGAGGAAUAAUGACUGUAGAAGAAAUAAGAAAUCGCUUGAUGCGUAGUAGGUCUCGAACGAGGAAAGAGACCAUUACAACGGAUGAUAUUCUUCGAGCUGUUGAUAAAUUGAAAGUACUGGGAGGCGGAUUUGAGCUUGUACCUCUGGGUGGAGGACGCUUUCUUGUACAAUCAGUUCCUGGUGAGCUGAGCAUGGAUCACUCACGAGUGCUUCAGCUAGCAGAGGACGCUGCAUAUGUUACAAAAGAACUUAUUAUUGAUAGAUUACGGUGGGACGAACCAAGAGCUCAAGCUGUUCUUGAUCAUUUAGUGAAGGAAGGGUUGGCCUGGGUGGACGAACAAGCUGCGGACACCGUUCAGUACUGGGUGCCUUCACUGUUUCUGCAGCAGCACUGUCAUUCUUCCAGUAGCACAAGUGUUUCGGAAAGCAUUCAAAGCAUGAGUGUGUACUAG